GCCGCCGCAGGUUGUGCCCCGUCCAGGCGAGUGGUUUCAAUAUACGUAAUAACAUAUCAUUCAGGAGUUAGUUUAACUGAAGGAUACUUUUGACUCCCAAGUGUUGCGUGGAAUGAUUUAUGGAAAAGAUCUACCAUCUACCAUGGCAUCAAGGUUUGUUCCAAAAGCAACUUCUAAAAAUGGAGAAUCGCAGUGCAAGGUGAUGCAUGCAGUUCUACAUAGCCCUGUGGGAAAAAUUGAAAUAUCUGGGUGUGAAACAGGCUUACAUGAAAUAAAGCUUCCAAAAAUGAAUAUGCCACCAAACAGAAAGGAAAGUAGUAUAGUAUGUCUUAAAUCGGAUGGUAACAGGGAAGGGCCAAGGCCUUUAUACCGCUGCUCUGGAUGGUUGAGCUUUUAUUUCCUUGACCCAGGCGGAUGGGGGAGAGCUGCGAUUCCAGCUGUUCAUUAUCUGUUUGCUCUCAGAGAUUCAUUCACCAGACAAGUAUUGUGGACCCUGUUGAAUGAUGUGAAAUUUGGAGAGGCUAUUUCGUACAAGCAAUUAGCAGCCCUAGCAGGCAACAGCAAAGCAGCAAGAGCGGUGGGAGGAGCGAUGAGAAGCAAUCCUAUCCCGAUUAUAAUACCGUGCCACAGAGUGAUUCGCAGCAGUGGAGAGACCGGCAACUACGGAGGAGGAAAUCUCAUGAAAGAGUGGCUGCUGUCGCACGAGAAGCUCCAGAAAGAAAAGUUAGCAUAUUGAUACAGCUCAGCCCCGGCUGUUAAACAGCCAAGACACAUCACCAGAGAUACUUGCCUUGUAACAAGCUUUCAGCGCGCACAGUAGAAUUCAGAAAAAUGGUAAAUAUUUGAGUGACAUAUAAAUAUAAUGCAACAUCCGAAGUGAAAUGUGUGGUGGCACCACUAUAUUAAAAGAGCCGGAUGGGUCCUGAGGGAUGCAGCUCGUAUGCCCUUUCUUGUUUUUACAUUUUACAGCAGAAUGACUACAGCGGUCUAGGCCUGUUGUGCAUGUAUUUCGUUCCCAUCUCCAGUCUUGUUUUGUUCUAUUUUUAAUGGCCAUUAAAGCAAGGAUAAGGGAGUGGGAGGGGCAUGGCAAACGUGAGGUG